AUGGCGACGGUCCUGGCCAAGUUCAUGCCGUACAGUGGGGAUUGUACUGUGGUGAGCUGUGCACGUGACGGGCAGGUGAGAGUGGCUGAACUGUCCAGCACUGGAGUCUGCAAGGGCACCAAGAAACUGGCACAGCACAGGGGGGCAGCACAUAAGGCAUCUGUCUAUAAAGGGGCAAAGGGGAAAAAGUCGUCCAAGAAGGUAAAAGUCGAGGGGAAAGGAGACGGAGUAGAGGAAGCGAUGGAGAAAAUGGAAGUAGAGGGAGAGAUGGAGACUUCAGGUGAGGACAACAAGGAUGAGCAUCCCGGCCCAAGUGGGGAUGGCAGGGAAGCAGGUGGCGAAGACAAGAAGAGCCAAGACAAGGCAGAAGAAACGGACAGUGACUUAGACAUUGAACUGGGUUUACUCGCUGAUGCCAAGAAAGGUAGCGGAGAGGACAGCGACAGUGACGUCGUGGUGACAAGACCGACACGUUCCAAGCGCCGUGAGGAUGAAGAUGACAGUGAUACGGAGGACAGUGAUGAGGAGAAGGUGGAAGAUGAUAAGAAAGAGUCGGAGGACGAAGGAGACACCACAUGGUACUCACUUGAUGACCGCAAAAUGCCGUUCCCCAAGUGGAAAGUCCUUCCGUCCUUGCAUCAACGAGAGAUGGGGUUCGGCCGCGCACUCUUCCCCUACUAUGCAUGCGGGCUGACAGACUUUGUCUCCAGAUUUGAACUUCAGCACAAGUUAGAACACCACGAGGGCUGCGUGAACACGCUGCAUUUCAACCAGCCGGGCACCCUUCUGGCGAGUGGCAGUGAUGACCUGAACGUGGUUCUAUGGGACUGGGCCCGCAACAAGCCGGUGUUGAUCUAUAACAGUGGCCAUCGGAGUAAUGUCUUCCAGGCCAAGUUCAUGCCGUACAGUGGGGAUUGUACUGUGGUAAGCUGUGCACGUGACGGGCAGGUGAGAGUGGCUGAACUGUCCAGCACUGGAGUCUGCAAGGGCACCAAAAAACUGGCACAGCACAGGGGGGCAGCACAUAAGCUUGCCCUGGAUCCAGACUCCAACUGUACUUUCCUGACCUGUGGAGAGGAUGCUGUUGUGUUCCAGAUAGACCUGCGGGAUGACAAGCCUGCAACAAAACUGCUGACAACCAAGGAGAAUGACCGGAAGCUUGCCCUGUACACCAUCUUCACCAACCCUGUCAACAGCCAUGAGUUCUCUGUGGGAGGCCGGGACCACUGGGUCAGGGUGUUUGACAAGAGGAAAAUAAAUCCGGAAACAAAUGAGGGGGUGCUGAAAAAGUUCUGUCCACACCACUUGGUUGAUAGUGACAUCAAGGCUAACAUCACCUGCCUUGUGUACAACCAUGAUGGUUCAGAGCUGCUGGCAAGCUAUAAUGAUGAGGACAUCUACCUGUUUGACCCAACUCACAGUGAUGGUGCAGAUUUUAUUAAGAGAUUCAGGGGCCACAGGAACAAUGCCACAGUGAAGGGAGUGAACUUCUACGGCCCGCAGAGUGAGAUGGUUGUGAGCGGGAGUGACUGUGGACACAUCUUCCUGUGGGAGAAGGAGACGGCCAACAUCGUGCAGUUCCUGGAGGGGGACGACGGUGGAGUGGUGAACUGCCUGGAGCCCCACCCUUGCAGCGCAGUCCUGGCCACCAGUGGACUGGACCACGAUGUCAAGGUCUGGGCACCGACCGCCAAGGAACCCACCAACCUGGAGGGGCUCAAGACGACGGUGAAGACCAACAAGAAGGAGCGAGACGAGGAGAAUCGUCACAACCCUGAGAUGAUAGACGGGCACAUGCUGUGGUUCCUCAUGCACCACCUGCGCAGGCGGGCACGGCGGAGGGCUCGAGAGGCAGGUGAGGAGGAGGCCUCAGACAGUGAAGAUUCCUCGUCUCCCAGCUCUGACUCCGACUCUGACGGCCCUUCUGAGUCCAUCCAGUGUGCCCCAUCCUAAUAACGCACCAAUCAGGAAAUACUCCAGAAACUCCUUAGCACGGAGAGGGCUGCAGCUUAUGAAUGGAUCAGUGUUCUGGCCAGCCUGAAAUUUUUUUCCAUCAUCUCAAUUUUGUUUGAUGUUACAUCAUGUCAAGCGCCAAAUGUGACAAUCCUAGGGUGGUCGAGGGGGGCAUGCCCCCCCCCAGAAAAUUUUGAAAUCUUGAUCCUCUGA